AUGUUUAGACCCUCACAGCACCGUCAGAUAUCGCUCAAGUCGAUUCUCGCGUCGUUCAAGCGGAUCCGGAACAUUGAGGAGGUCAAUGAGCCGCUCAAGGAACUUCCUAAAUCUACCGGCUCGGGCGCAUUUGUGGAGCCGGUGGACUUUGAAGUCCUGGGAAAGACUUCGACCAUGCUAAAUAUUAAACUGCCCAAAUCCUCGAUCCUCAAUCUCCGCUACAGCAACGCAAACCAGUCCGUGAUAGCGUUGAACGGCAAGGUUUCGUCUUUGGUAGUCGAACUGGGAAAGCUCGAAGGAGGCCUAAUUUUUCAGCGGUGCUUCAACACCUCAGGCCCCUUGUCGAUCUUGAUGGCCAACAAGCUGCAAAAUUCAAACUUUACGGUAGUCAAUGUGUUAAAGGACACACAUUGGACAGUGAGAAGAGACGAUUUAGUGGCCUGGACGGGCAAUUACAUUGACUUGAUAGGAGAGAGAAAACUGGUGAAGGUGGCAGGAUCCGGCAAGUUUGUGCUCAGUUCACCAGGGCAGACACUCCAGUUGACCCUUCAGGACGGCGAGACUGUGAGCAUCAACCCUUCGAGCGUCGUGGCAUACACGGGAGAGACCCCUGCUGGACCUAGAAGCAUAGUCGAUUUUGCAGUUCCGGGGAUAUCUUGGCUUACAAGAGUGUCUGACGCGUGGGCCUCAUUAACAUCGUACGUUUCCGACAAGUUCGAGAUCCGAAAACCCCAGAUCAAAAUCCAUCCCUGGUUAAGCAGUGCUUACUCGCAGACAGCAGGCCUCGUAAAGAGAGCAGUGAACCGGCUGGUGACAGGUAGUCCUGAUUAUAUGAUCGAAUUCUCUGGCCCGCGGACUCUGUUGAUCAGCAACGGGAUCCACCUCAAGGAUAAAAUCAUGACUGAGGAGCAGAUACAAAAACUGAAAAAAUUAGACUAA